AUAAACUUACUAAUUACCAUAAUAAUAAACAUCAGCCUUUCCAUAAUCCUGAUUUCCGUAGCCUUCUGACUUCCACAACUAAACCUAUACUCAGAUAAAGCCAGUCCAUAUGAAUGCGGAUUUGAUCCAAUAGGAUCUGCUCGCCUUCCAUUUUCCAUAAAAUUUUUCCUUAUCGCCAUCACAUUCCUCCUAUUUGAUCUAGAAAUUGCGCUUCUCCUACCCAUUCCAUGAGCAAUCCAAUACGGAAACCUCACAGGAGUAGUACUAACAACCCUAGGGCUACUAAUCAUUUUAGCCUUAGGACUAAUAUACGAAUGAUUUAACAAAGGUCUAGAAUGAACAGAAUAA